AUGUACAGCAACGAGGAGGAAGUGGUGACUUAUAUUGCCAGGAUGAUACCUGUCCUCGGGGUUUCUUUCUUCAUAGAUGGAAUCCACACUUCCCUUUCAGUUCUUUACGAUCUCCUGGAUUCACUGUGGAGGGAUGCAGGGCUCGUGGUCAGCAUAUGCCUGGGGGGAGCGUUCGUCGCAUGCCUGUUCAGCGGCUCCGUCGCCGACGGAAUCGGCCGGCGCCGCGCUUUUCAGCUCAGCGCGCUACCCAUGAUCAUGGGAGCCGCCUUAAGCUGCCCCUGGUUCAAUUCCUCCCAAGAGCAGAUCUGCGCCAAAGGGCAACUUUUCUUGCUCACGCGGAUAACGGCCACUGGCUGCUCCACAACAACGACAAGCACGACGGCCUUGACGAAGUUGUCCGCCGCCGACACCGAAGAGCAAGCAUGCCUUCUCCAAACUUGCAUGACGGGAGGGGAGGGGGCGGCCACUGCAUCCUUCACACACCAAGCCGCCGACACCGAAGAGCAGGCCCGCCUUCUCCAGAGUUUGUAAAGAAGCUUUACGUUCAGGGCAUGGUUGUUUGCACAGAGUGGCGGACACUACUAUGAUCCUUUGACAGAUAGUUCUUCAUAA